GCUUCAGCUGCUCAGAGCAGCGGCUCAGGUUCCUCCUCUAAUUAUCCAAUCAGCAGGCGGCUCCAGGUGUUCAGCAGCUUUAUCAUCCUCAGGUGAGGCGGCAGUCUGCAGCAGCUUCCAGCCGCUCUUCGGUGCUUCCCGGCGGGCAGAGAGCAGCGCAGUGGACCGGAGCAUGUCGGCGGUUAACAGACGGAUGACGAUGGCCUGGGUUUGGCCCGCUUUGGUGCUUCUAGCCCGGCUCACCACGGCAGAGGAACCGCGUCGGGACGCACACGGGGCUUUGGCCGGCUCCAAGGCGCUGAUCUCGGACUCCGAGCCGCCGAUGGAGACCCGCAGCGGGGGAGGCUUCCUGCCGGUGCUGGUGUGGAAGUUUGUGAAAGAUGCUGCAGAUGCAUCAGAUUUGGGCCGACCGCAGUUUCUCUGCAGCGACACGUCACUCUCUGUUCGCUUGUCGCUCAUCCGAUACUCUGACCUGCAUCUGCAAGAUGGGAGGAGGUUGGCGUGGCUGCAGCAGGGAUGUGAUGGUUCUGUUGGGACCGUGGGGCCGUGGCUGCUGCUGAAGCUGCCUUACACCAGCUGCCAUGUGACAUCACAGGUUUCAAAUGGAACGUGGUUCCACCAGUUGAAGCUGCGUUACUUCGACCACCUGCUGCGGGAGAACAUGACGGCUGUGGUCGCCUGUGAGGAUCCUGCAACGUGGACCCUGCCGGCGGUGAGCUGCAGGAGCACAGAAGUGGCUGUGAAACUGCCUCAGGGAAGCAGACUGCAGAAGGUGAAGGCUCUGGGGAAAGAUGUGGUGGUUGGGAGGGUGCAGACCACCACUACUCCAGAGCCAGUGUUGGUGCAGAUCUCCACACCGGCAGACAAGGACUCCAUGUUUGAAGUGAUCUAUUUGGAUUCGGCUGGGGAGAUGUCCACGAUGCUGGCGGCUUGUUUCGGUGCAGCCAGAGGAGAUGGGCGGGAUCGUCGGCGCAGAGCUCUGCAACACCAGGACCAGUGGGACUGGGGGGUGAAUCCUCGUCAUUGGCACAAUGUGGAACCCCGACAGAUGGUGGACAAUUCCUCAGAAUACCUGGAUGCAUCAGAUGAUGGCCCUUCUGAUGAGGAUGAUAAAGAGUUGGAUGGUUAUGAGGAGGAUUCAGAUGACGAGUUGGAUGAAGAGCAGUCAGAUGAUGAGGAGUCUGAUGACGCCAACAACACAACAGCCAACAUGACUGAUGCCCAGACAAACUCCACAAUAGCAGCUCCAACCACAACACUGACGGUGGAAGCUGAAGAAACACUGAACUCCUCGAUGCCUGUAAAACCCAGACUGGGGAGAGGGUUGGCUGACAUGGAGACGUCUGGUGACUCUGAGGAGGAUGACGACACCUUUUCACCUGUAGGACCCAGACUGGGGAGAGAGAUGGAUGACAUGGAGGUGUCUGAUGAUUCUGAGAAUGAAGAGUACGAUGAAGAGGAGUACGAUGGUGAGGAUGACUAUUCCGAUGAUGCCGACUAUGAGGAUUCCACAAUGGCCAACAUCACUGAUGCCCAGUCUAAUGCCACAAUUGCAGCUUCAAACACAACUGAAGAAAUGCUGAACACCUUGCCACCUGUAGGACCCAGACUGGGGAGAGGGAUGGAUGACAUGGAGGUGUCUGAUGAUUCUGAGAAUGAAGAGUACGAUGAAGAGGAGUACGAUGGUGAGGAUGACUAUUCCGAUGAUGCCGACUAUGAGGAUUCCACAAUGGCCAACAUCACUGAUGCCCAGUCUAAUGCCACAAUUGCAGCUUCAAACACAACUGAAGAAAUGCUGAACACCUUGCCACCUGUAGGACCCAGACUGGGGAGAGGGAUGGAGGCAUCUGAUCUAGAAUUCAUGGAUAAUGAUGCUUCUGGGGAUGAGGCAUACGAUGAUGGUUCUUCUGGAGAUGAUUACUACGAUGAGGAUUCUGCAACAGCCAACAUGUUUGAUGCCGAGAUGAAUGCCUUGUUACCUUUUGAACCCAGACUGUGGCGAGGGAUGGAUGACCUGGAGGCAUCUGAUGACCCAGAGGACAUGGAGGAACAUGAGGAGGAUGAUGAUGAUGAUGAUGAUUCUGAGGAUGAUGAUUAUGACUCUGAGGAUGAUGACACCUUUUCACCUUUAGAACCCAGACUGGGGAGAGGGAUGGAUGACAUGGAGGCUUCUGAUCCAGAACUCAUGGAUGAUGAUGCUUCUGGGGAUGAGGCGUCUGGGGAUUACGACUCUUCUGGGGAUGACGAGCUGUCUGACAGCAGUGGUGAGGUCUCAGAUGAUUGAUGCUGACAGUUCCACAACCAGCACUUCCAUUACACAUCUGGACCAGUCCAUCCACAACUGCAGAGGUCCUUGGUCCGACUCCUUGUAUCUCCUCUUUCAAAUAAAGUAUAGCUUUGCAUCAGA